AUGGAGGUGUUAGAUACGUAUUUGAAUGAGAUAUUUCAAUGUUCUAACUCCCCCGUAAAUGAACAACUAAUACGGUUAUCGAAUUUACUCAAUGUAAAUCCAGCUAUCAAUCCCUACAUUGUCAGAAUUAACAAUUUACCGUUUCUACAAGACAAAUAUUUAAAUGAUCUAAUCGAUGGUAAGCACUUCUACAAAGAUGAAUGGUUAGCAUUUAAUGAAGUAGUCAUAUCAUUUAUCAGAUUGAGCAACCAAUUGAAUCCUUGGUCCAGUUUGGAGUCAUUUGACCUUUACACCAAUUACAUAAAUGAUUUGUCGGUAGCAUUUAAUAACGCCAACAGAGGAUAUCUAAUUACAUACUUAGUCAAGGACACAAUACGAUUUGUGAUCCCAAUAGCCACUAAGUUAGACUACCAGUUGUACUACAAAGAAAAUUGCAUGAAGCCCCGGUUGGCGUAUUUGGCAUCGAUCUUAUUGAAGAUCUUCAACAACAUCAGAUCGCAACUCUCAGGAGAUGUGAGUGACACCACCAUAAAGGUCUCGUCUAAGAGCUCGAUUAUUCUCUAUAUUGGGAUCAGACUCUGCCAGACGUACUUCAAGUUAUCGAAUCCGUUGCUAUGCCGCAACAUCUUCAGCAAUAUGAAUAACGCCAACCUCGCCAUGGGCAAAUACGACAUGAACGAACAGAUCCAAUACCGUUUUUACUUGGGCCGGUUUUACUUCUUGAAAAAUCAAUUGGUCGACGCCUACACUCACCUCCUCUGGUGUCUUCAACGAUGUCCAGUGGUGGCUGAUUCAUCCAACAUUACGCGGAUCCUCCAAUACCUCAUACCCAUCAGCAUCGCCAUCGGAAAACGUCCGAACUUCAAUUUCCUCCAGCAAAUGUACUACUCGUCACCCAGCACCACCCCGUCGUUUUUUGCAAUCUACCUGGACCUUUCGCAGGCCGUGUCGCUGGGGAACUACGCGCAUUUCUACACAACCAUCACCAACCCGUCCGUUUACUCGUUCCUCAAGGAUGCUGAUCUUCUCGUGUUGCUCUCUUCCAAAUGCGUAUUGCUCGUUGUCCGCAACCUCAUCAAGCGUCUCUGGAUGCUCGCAGGAAAGGUCCCAAAGCUAGACUACGACUCGAUCAAAUUGGGCCUCUCGGCCUCGGUGUCACUCCCUGAUGGCACUCCCUUAACAUCGCUACCCUACUCGAUGCAUACGUUCGUCUCACAUGCCCCCGACGACCUCACCAUCGAAAACAUCUUGAUUUCGCUCAUCGACCAAAAUCUACUCAAGGGAAAACUUUUUCCGAGGCUCCGAGUGGUAUCGCUCUCAAAAGUUAAUGUAUUCCCUCCUGUCGACCAUAUUAACUUCCUACGCUUUGGAAAUGGGCCCGAAGGCUCUCUAAACGCCUCCGACAGAUGGCUCCGCAACUAG